AUGUUUACUGCUCCUGACGACAGAAAGCAGCAUCCAUUACGACCAGCACAAGUGGUCGCCGCCCACGCAGGGCGCAUCUUCGGAGCGGCUAACGACCAGCGGGAGCAGCUCGCCUGCCAAGUGGCGGCCCGCGGAUUUACGGCACCACAAAACAAGGCCGACGUAAAAUCGACUGGACAGGAGGUGAAGAAGGUUGUACACUUUAAAAAGCAGCUAUACCAAAAGUUGCUCGCCUGUAAGACAGAUGAAAACUGGAAGGAUUACCGAGAAGCUAGGAAUGCAGCAAAGAAGGCAGUUGCGGCAGCCAAAUCAGCCCACUUCAGCCAAGUCUCCCAUAAACUAGAAACUCCUACCGGAGAACGAGAAAUUUAUCGACUGGCGAAGCAGCGCAAUAAACAAGCUGCAGACAUUGAAAAAUUCUGUGGAAACAAUGAUGAAGAAGGCAAACUUAUCAUCAACAGCAAGAAAGUAGCAGAGCGAUGGAGGAAAUACUUUGAGGAAGUCUGCAAUGAGGAGUUUCCACAUUCUCCAGUUCCAGUGUUAACUCCAGUAGAUGGACCCAUUGCACCGGUCACCAAGGAUGAAGUCUAA